AUGCCAGGGCCUGCAUGGUGGCAGGUGAUUCCUAGAUGGCAUGAGCAUUGGACUUCAAAUAAGGUCUAUGAUGGAGACAUGAUAGUUCUUCAAGGCCAAGAAAAGAUCUUUCUUGCGCUGUCAAUGGAGGGUUCUGAGGAUGUGAAUAAACAAUAUACAAAACUUACAUUUACACCCACACAAGCAGAUCGGUUUGUGUUGGCAUUUCGAAAUUGGUUGAGACAACAUGGCAAAAGCCAGCCUGACUGGUUUGGCAUUAGCAGUCAACAACCUUUGCCGUCAACAGUCUUGUCAAAACGUCAGAUGCUGGAUAGAUUUGAGCAGCAUACUCUUAAGUGUUCAUCGUGUAAGGGAGCUUAUUCAGCAUUUCAGAUGUGGCGAAAGUUUCUAAUUGGUGCAACGAUUGUAUUCUGUGCAACUGCUGGGAUUCCUUCAGAUAUGCAAUUACGUGUAGUUUUGGCAGUGCUUGCACUUAUAAGUGCUGCGGUUGCUUAUGCUUUGCAUGAACUCCAAAAGAACUUUGUGUUUAUUGAUUAUGUACAUGCUGAGAUUGAGUAGAUA